AUGGUAGGAAACCAAACUGAUGAAUGCUUCUUUUCCCUUCUUGGCCUUUCCAACGAUCUCCAUAUUCAAAUUAUCCUCUUUGUCCUGUUCUUAUUUAUUUAUCUGCUAACUGUAUUGGGGAAUGUUAUGAUCAUGCUGGCUGUAAAAUCUAACCCUCAACUUCAGAACCCCAUGUACUUCUUCUUGAGUCACCUCUCUUUCCUCGAUGUUUGUUAUUCUUCUGUCACGCUCCCAAAGAUGCUGGAGACCACCAUUGGUGAACAGAAGACUAUAUCUGUCAGUGGGUGCUUUGCUCAGGCAUUCUUUAUUUUGUUUUCAGCCACUACAGAGGUUUUCAUGCUCUCAUCAAUGGCAUAUGACAGGUAUUGUGCUAUAUGCAAACCACUGCAUUACAUGAACAUCAUGAAUAUAGCAUUCAGUUGUAAGCUAGUGGCUACUUCAUGGACAAUUGGAUUCUUUUAUGCACUUGCAAACACUUUGCCACUCUUAAGGUUAGAAUUUUGUGGAUCAAACAUCAUAAGACAUUUCAGUUGUGAACUCCCAUCCAUCCUUUCUUUGUCCUGCAGUGAUACAUUCAUGAAUAAAAUGUUGUUCCUCAUUUUGGGAGGAACAGUUGGUAUCGUCUCCCUUUUCCUCACUGUCUUCUCUUACAUUCAUAUUAUUUCUACCAUCCUGGGGAUCAGCUCCACAGAGGGGAGACAGAAAGCUUUCUCUACCUGUAGCUCUCACCUCAUUGUAGUGAUUCUCUUCUAUGGAACAGGUUACUUCCGCUAUCUUAGACCAAGCUCAGCAUCAUCAGUGGUUUUGGAUGAAAUACUUUCCAUACAAUACAGCAUCCUCACACCGUUGCUCAACCCCAUCAUCUACAGUUUACCAAACAAGGAGAUGAAGGCAUCAUUUAAGAAGAUACUAAGAUGUUGA